AGAUUAUGUCACUUGUCGUGGUGCUACAGGUUGGGGCAGUUAUACAGGCUACAGGGCUUAUAAUUCUAGAGGCAGCGGUGGAAUACCUUGGAGAACAGCACUUUUGACGGGAGCGUUAUUCGGCUCAACAAGAUACAUGUCAAGACGACGCUACAUUGACAAUCCUGACAGAGAGCCUGUAAUAUGUGUAAACUAUGACAACCAGAUUAACGCUACAGCCGGUGUAAUAGUGAACGCUACAACAAAUGCUACUACUAAUGCUACGUAUGUCAUGGGGAGGUUUAUAUGUCCAAUGUGGAACCAAAAUGAGAACAUGCAAUGUUGCUGUGGCCCAACAAAUAAAGAGUAUUGUUGCGAAUGUACCAUGUCUAUAGGGGCUAUUGUCGGAAUCGCAACAGGGGGUGCCCUAGGUCUAAUCAUUUUGGUGUCCAUCGCUAUACGUAGCUUUUGUUAUUCUGACCUUCAGAAAGGCCGUUGUCGGAAGAAAAAAACUGGAUGCGCAAAAGAUGAUGUUGUGGGCGUUGCAAAGACCUUCCCUGAUGGCUACCAGACAACCUAUGGCAACACUCCUGCAAUCGGUGAUAAACAAGCUAAAGAUGACUUAAAUAAGCAACCAUGGCCGGGGCCAGAAGAAGGAUACUGGAAGUUGGAUUGAUAGUAUGGCUUUGAUUCGGUUUGGAGGUCAUUACGUUUUAUCAAUGGACAGUACAAUCACAACUCCACACCGAUGUUGUUACUUCGUGAGACAUCUAUUAACUGAAUUUGGAAAAUUAAUUUAUAUUAAAACUAUGUUAGCAAACCUUGAGGGAGUAUAAGGAUCAGACUUGUUUGUGAACGUCAUAAACAGAUGUGAUUCGAAAAUUCUUGGCAUUAAGGACCUUCCUAAGUUGUAAAAUUCACAGCAAUGUAUAAAUGCCAUUUAUGGAACAACUUUGACUCUAGAGUGGGUAGGACGGACAGUCCAUUUUGAUAUUGUUUUCGUAUUCCUAUUAUAUUUUUAUAUAUAUAUAUAGCAUGCGGGGACUUAGCCAAAAUAUUUUUUCAAGCAAGAGAGAGAUAGAAUAUCUCAUAUUUUUUAUAUUUACCGAGCGUGUACUUUGAGAAUACUUAACCAUUUUUACUCCAAUGUGUACUAAAUUGCAAAUGCAGGACGUGAAAGUGUCGAUGUUAUUGUAAAAAACUAGAAGAACUUAUUCAUGUAAUCAUGAUCUAUUACA